CAGCACUAUCUUGUAGCCCUGACGCCGGCCAAUAUUAAGGCUUUACUAAAACCCCGCUAUAGUCACAGUCAUAGUCAUAAUGUAACAUUUAUUUGGGAAUAUGCCAUGCCAUUUCUCAUGCCGUAGAUUUGUAGGUUUUGUUCAAUAUCCGUCACUUAACUGACCAAGCUACAAAACAAUCAUCAUCUUCAGCCAUCGAGAACCACCACGUAUCUACCACUCCCACACCAAAGAGUAACUACUUCGAGAUGCCACUUCCUCCGAUACUAGAGCCCAGAGCUGUCCAGUCUCCCAGUGUAGUGGGGGAGGUGCUCGGCGCAAUAGGCACAGGGCUAUUUAACUGGGCAGAGAAGAUGAUUUGGCAGAGUCUUGGACUUGGGAACUCGACGUGAGAGACGAUAAUCAAAAUAAUGGAUUUGGGAUGGGCCGUGAGGGUAUAUUCGCGUGGAGGGAAUCUGAAAGCCAUCAAAACAACACCCGUCUUGCACACCUCGCCGGCUGUGGUACUUCGGAUUCCGACAACCGAGUAUGGACGUCUCAGUGCUGUCCUUCCCGCGGGUGAUAUUUGCUACAUGGGCACUGGCCGGCCUGCCAAAGUGACGAGACCGACUGGAAUACACUGGAUGGCGGAGAUUUACUUGUUCAAGCCCAAACUUCCAGUCGAGGCGGGGGAUGCGGAGAGGUAUAUUGGGGACGAGGGUGAGAGGUGUAUCGCUGGCGCUGAUAGGAGGGAUCUAGACUAGAGAGCUGUUGCCAAUGCCAAUGGUUAUUGACGGCGAACAGCAACUCAUCUUUCGAUGCCGCGAACGCGAAGAGUAUGAAGAUGGUACUUAUGUGUUUGUUGAAAAGGCGGAUAUCUGAUACAAUCCACUAUGUUCGCCAAACCAUAGCCGUUCUCUACCGCCAGUCUUGAAAGACAACAUGCCAUCGAAGCUAUAUCAGCUCAAGGAACGACCAUCACGCUAUAAAAUAAGUAUCGACAUCUAAAAGCCCCGUCUAUUAGAAUUAGGUAGCGCCUCGGACGCGGUUCUGAAUCGGUGAUAUUCAACGACGGCGGAAUUCUCAUCACGCAGCUUCUAUGACCCUAGAGACAACCACGCGGCUUUGUCUGGUCUCGCCCGUCUAUUUAAGAAGGCCCUACUCGAAAGUUUUGGCCCUGGUUCGCAUACAUACGCGGCUGGCCUAUGGCGGAUUGCUUUGGAGAAGCCGCCGGAUCGUGGAUCCGAACUUGUCUGUACGACAACCACCAAAACAUAAAGGGAAUGUUGUUAGAAAGGCGCCAUCGUGGUCUCGGAUGGCACUUGUUGGACCCAUUUACCAGGGAGCUAGGACCACGAUAGUGGAUGAUAGAGGAUUCAGCUUGCUUUGAGUGCUAUGCUGUAUACCGAUACACAUGAGCAGAGAGCCAUGGGACUACGAGAUGAUGAAGCGGAUUAGGGAAUUAAAUUCCCUAAUCCGUUUCGACCUAUGGUGAAGGGCUAUAUCCGAAAUUGCGUGUCUCGAAAUAAGAAACUAAGGUCCAUACUGGUUACAGCACAUGGGUUGGGUUUUCAGUCAAAUAUUACCCCGAAUCCAUGGGACCGGCACACAUUCCGAUUGGAGACAUUGGAGACGGAGAAUACGGCCUUAAUUGAAGGGCUCCAUGACCCGGGCCUAGACUGGCCCUAGAUCGCUGCAACUGGACUCUUUGACAUGCACUAUACAACAGAUAGACUCUCGAGUAUGUAGGCCUUGCGUUUCACCUCGGAAGAGGGCUUGCUUCUAAGGCAGAUAGAGGACUCCGGAAGGAACUCGUUUGUGUACGAAAGAUUGGGUAUCUAUGUUAUUGGAAAGUCUACUAGCAUUCUACCCAAAGGCUUGCUUGUGCAAGAUCAUAUGGGCACUUAUGUUAUUGAAGUCAGUUGCCUGUAGAGAAAGUUAUAUUUAUUAAAG